AUGGCUCGUGCCCCUCGGCGCGGAAUUCAACUUGGCCAUCGCCGUCGCGUCGAGGACGAGGGUGAUGAUCAAUGCCGUCCCGACGGUCUCGACGCAGAUGACGACUCCCUGACGGACGGGACCAUGGCCACCGACGACCAUGAUGCUGCCGACAGCGACACCAGUAACAUCGAAGAGGCAUCUCCCACACCUGGCCCUGCGCAGCAUGCCUCGAAUGGAUCUGUCAUGCCACACCAAAAGCGCCCCGCCAAAUCCACGCUCCCUCCGGCUCCUGCCGCCGCGCAGGCUGCAUCUAUCGCGAGUCCACCCGCCGACAGCCAGAAAGAGCCGCAGCAGACACGGGCACAAGCCAAUGAUGCUGUGCUGUCACCGCCCAGAUCUCCAUCCGCACCCGUCAUUGUCAGCUCUGCCUCGGCUAUGAAGCCUUCCAGUCGUGCCGCAAAUACCCAACGCCAAUAUGCCCAACGCAAUAACGAAAAUGAUGACUACAACCGCCGCCGAGACCAAGACCCUGCCUUUGUCCCCAACAGAGGCGCUUUCAUCAUGCACGACUCCAGACAGGCUCCAGGGCCCUCGGGUAGCGCCUUUCGCACCUUUGGUCGUGGCCGAGGACGAGGUGGCCGUGGUGGUUUUGUCGGCAAUACCUAUGGCCGUCUUGGUCCCAUGUAUCCGCAAGACCCUACAACGAACUCGCCCUGGCCACAUGACAUGCACGAUGCCAUGUCUCUCCCGCCACGCUCCCGGCAAUCCCGUCAAGUAUCCAUGGACGAGGGUCCGCCCAACGGCAACGGCUUCAUUCCGACGUGCAAGGAGAGCGACACACCCAUCAACCGAACUCUCUCCACGGAAAAGCACGUAGGAAACGUUCAACUCCGCGUCUACCUCCCCUACAUGGAGACGCCCACUGUAUACUCCGGCAUCCAGAUGAAACAGUACACCAAGCUCCCGGAUCACCGACCGCCGCUGCGUAGGGAUAAACCAGUUCGCAUCUCACUUCCUGAUAGGGGCCCCAAAUACAUUUAUCCCGCUUUGGACCGAUCAUUCGAAUUCAUCCCCAGGGCUCUUCGGCCCAAUCAGCAGCACCGUGUCCGCGGCAAGCCGAGAUCCGGUUUUGGCUCCGUGGGUGGCUUCUCCCGCCGGACCAGCAACUUUGGUGGCAGCUUCAUGGGUAGCAUGUACUCUCCCAGCCUGAACCUCAGCCGUCGCUCGUCUAUUGUCAACGAGAGAGAAUUUAUGUUCUCGCCGACUGGUUCUGUCGUUUCUCGCGCACCGCAUGGAGGAGACAGGCCUGUCGUUCGUCUCCCUCCUGCUCGAAUUGAAAUGAUGCCAGACAUUGGCAGCCAGUUUGGACCCCCGAUGCCCAUGCCCAUGCCCAUGCCAAUGCCAAUGCCCAUGCCAAUGCCUAUGGCUGUGCCCAUGCCCAUGCAGGAAAUGCCACCCAGCCGAGUGGAUGGCAGCUCGAUGGACAACUCAUCGCCCGCACUGCCCAUACAUCAACCUCGGCCCCAGAAGAACAUUUCCGUGGCCCAUAUUGAGUCACCCGGUAUGCCGCAAAGCGGUCAGCCUUUCCAACAAGCCUUCCACCAGCAAGUUCCGGUACAGGUCGGCGGUGGUUACCAGCCAGACGGCCACUCGAGACGACAGUCACACUCGCAGCGUAUAUCCGGUACGCCGCUAUCGCAUAUUCCGGAGCGACCUGCAAAUGCUGCGCCAUUUAACGGCAGCCCAUAUCCCCAGCAAGGUUACUAUCAAGGCCCGCCCCAGCCUGUUCAAUCCAGCCAGCAAGGCUACUAUUACCAGGGUGGUUACGCCGGAGCUGGUAUGAAUGGACAAGCAAGCGGCUACCCUUCAAAUGUGCCAAGCCCCAUGGUCAACUACGCGAUGCAGGGCCAGAUGGAACAGCAAUCAAGCCAGACGAGGGGCGCUGCCGGAUCGAGCAAUCUCGUUGCACAGGAGGCCAACGGCAUGGUUUACUACUUUGACCCUUCGCAGAUGCAGCCACCGACCACCUACCCCUCUUACCCACCGACGCAGACCUAUCCUACGAGCUCCAUGGGCGUGCACGGAAUGAUGACACCUAGCCCCGAUACCUUCUACUACUCUCAACCCGCCCCGGGUAUGGUUUACUACCCACAGUAG